AAUUCAUUUUAUCAGAAGAUUACAACAAGAUGACACUAGUGAAAAGUUACCAGGCUCAUCAAAGCAGGGUCAUCAUGAUUCUGUUUGUCCUGGAGAUGGAGUGGGUGUUAAGCACUGGACACGACAAACACUUCACAUGGCACUGUUCAGAGAGCGGCCAGCGGCUUGGAGGGUACCGCACCAGCGCAGGCGCCUGUGGCCUGCAAUUUGAUGUGGAAACCCGGCAUGUGUUUGUUGGUGAUCACUCUGGGCAAGUGACCAUCCUCAAACUAGAACAAGAGUCCUGCAGCCUUGUUACGACAUUUAAGGGACACACAGGUGGUGUCACUGCUCUCUGUUGGGACCCAAUACAUCGAGUUUUAUUCUCAGGCAGUUCUGAUCAUUCCAUUAUAAUGUGGGAUAUUGGAGGAAGAAAAGGAACAGCUAUCGAGCUGCAAGGACAUAACGAUAAAGUUCAGUCUCUCUCCUAUGCUCAUCACACUCGGCAGCUCAUCUCCUGUGGAGCAGAUGGAGGAAUUGUCGUCUGGAACAUGGAUGUUGAAAGGCAGGAGACCCCUGAGUGGCUGGAUAGUGACUCCUGUCAAAAAUGUGACCAGCCUUUCUUCUGGAACUUCAAGCAAAUGUGGGACAGCAAGAAAAUAGGCCUCAGGCAGCAUCACUGCCGGAAGUGUGGGAAAGCAGUGUGUGGCAAAUGCAGCUCCAAGCGCUCCUCCAUCCCGCUGAUGGGGUUCGAGUUUGAAGUGAGGGUCUGUGACAGCUGUCACGAGUCCAUAACAGAUGAAGAGCGGGCACCUACAGCUACUUUCCAUGACAGCAAGCACAACAUUGUUCACGUACACUUCGAUGCCACCAGGGGAUGGCUGUUGACCUCGGGGACAGACAAGGUUAUUAAGUUGUGGGAUAUGACACCAGUAGUGUCUUGAUGUUGCAUCAGUGGAACUUGGAAGGUGAUAUUUACAGAAGAAACGGUUUUCCUAACCCUAAUCAUACUGCAGAAGAUAGAUAACGCUGGGCACAUAUGGCAGAUGAGAAAGGAACUAAUGCGUUUACAAUUUUGUCCUCUGCUUGAUCAAGGCUGAACAUUUGCACGAAGACUCUUUCCACUUAUUCUCAAAAUAUACAAGAAGGUAUUUUUUUAACUAAUGGUUUGUAUGAUCUGACUUCGGUUGUCUUGAGUUUGUUUGGAAAAAUCUGUGUGCAGUGCAAUUCUUAGUUUUUAUAUUUCACCAUGUCAAGGUACUUGCUGCUUUGUACAGAGGGUUCUUGGGUUGUGUCUUACCACAUGAGAUUUUGGUAUCAACAGACUGUAUAAGGCAAUCGGCUCUCCCCACAGCACCUAUUGAUUUGGGAUAUUUCUGCUGACCAUGCUCUCUCCAGUGGAGGAACUCCAGGCGCAGCAUUGUGUGUUCUCUGGGUGCAUCACCAAGGAGCUGAUGAACUAUUGCAAUUCCUAAAAGGGCUCUUCCAUCUACUUGUCCUAGUGGGCAUCAUCCAGAGAGCAUUUUAUUGGUCUGUAUAGCCUUCCUGCCUCUUCCUUUGCUUCACAAGUUGCAAAAGCAAGGGGCAGGUUGUUCAGCAACUAAUUUCUACAAAAAACUGAAAUAGUUUUCCAGUGCAGAGCAUUUCAAGGAGCACACAGACUUGUUUGAGUUUGAUGUGGCUGACAGGCUGAUUCAAAUGAAAUUAUUAGCAACAGGAACUUUUGGGAGUGUGUGCAUGGAGGGGGGCAGAUCUAAAACUGGUCUAGGUCUGAAAAGUCUGGUUUACCUCUACCUCUACCUUGCACAGCAACAUUUCAGCAUUUAUACCUGUCUGUGUUGUUGAAGAUGAAUUUUGUUUUUCCUGUUUUGGUUAAUUUCCUGUUCUGGUUAGUCAUAUUUAUUUUUUAAAAUGCUGAUUGUUUUUACUCAUUUCCUCUAUAGACCCAAAACUGAUAUUGCUGAAUGACGCCCAUCAUCCUAUUGUCAUACUUUACGGUUUCUUUUAAAAUAAAAAGUAUUUAAAAACCUG